GCAGUUGGAUGAAGCGCUCCGCUUUCAGUGCGUAAAACUGUUUGCAUACCAUUCUGCACUCAGCACUGCGUACUCGGCCAGAUCUCUGAGCGCAGGGAUUUAAUAGUUGGACACUGCUGGGUAUCUGCCGAUCAGCAUUUUUUUCUUUCUUUAAUUACACUUCUUUUGUCCAGACUAUUUGUUUGAUGACAUUUACGCGCAGGGAAACCGCUUCCCAGCCAAAGAUCUCUGCAGCGAGCUGCUAUUUAAGCCCAUGAAAACAGGAGAGGAGAGAAACCAUCGGAAAAAGUCAUCAGUUUUCCCUGAACAAAGACGAGGCACAAGAGAAUACACAUGGGGCAGGGAGAGGCUUCAGCGAGGGGGACGACCAUGGAGGGCGACUGUCUGAGCUGCAUCAAGUACCUCAUGUUUGUCUUCAAUUUCUUCAUCUUUUUGGGAGGAUCGUUCCUCCUGGGAGUGGGGGUGUGGGUGCUGGUCGACCCCACAGGCUUCAGAGAAAUCGUAGCAGCCAAUCCUCUGCUCUUCACCGGCGUCUACAUCAUCCUGGGCAUGGGGGGCAUGCUCUUCCUUCUGGGAUUCCUGGGCUGCUGUGGAGCCAUCCGUGAAAACAAGUGUCUGCUGCUCUUUUUCUUCAUGCUCAUCCUCCUCAUCUUCCUGGCGGAGCUGGCUGCCGCCAUCCUGGCCUUCAUAUUUCGGGAGCAUUUGACCAGGGAGUAUUUCACCAAGGAGCUAAAGAGACACUAUCAGGGCUACAACAACACUGAUGUCUUCACCUCCACAUGGAAUGCCAUUAUGACCACAUUUGACUGCUGUGGGGUGAACAGCCCAGAGGAUUUUAAGGACAGUCUGUUCAGGGUGCUCAACCAAAAACACAUGGUGCCAGAAGCCUGCUGCCAGCGUGCCAGUCAAACCGGUGACAUGGCCUAUCUGAGUCAAGAACAGUGCUUAUCAGGCAAUAUGAUGUUCCGCAAUAACAAGGGAUGCUACUCUGCGGUUGUUGACUACUUUGAACUCUACAUCUAUGUGGCCGGAGCAUUGGCUAUUGUGGUGCUAACUAUUGAGCUCUUCGCCAUGGUGUUUGCAAUGUGUCUGUUCAGGGGGAUCCAGUAGACCUGAUCCAUGUGUGAACUUUUUUAUUCUUAAAAAGAAAAAAAAGGGAAUCUGGAAGAAAACAACAAAAAGGACACUUGUUGAUCUUGGUUUUUAAAAUAUAUAUAUUAUUGGAUAAUUUGUGCAAAUUCAAACAAGCUCACGUACUUCGCAGCUGGACUUUUGAGGUACUGGGUAUCAAAACAAUACAAACCAAGCAUAAAGAAGGUGGGCAAAUCAGGAAAAAAACAAAGGUGAUGUAAAUACAUUUGUGUGUAAAGUGGAGAUUUGUGGACCAGGUCUGUCACGGACUGGCUAACAAGAGAAGCCUGAGCAGAAGGCACUGCACUGACUUUUGGAUGAAGAAUAUUUAUAUUAAGUGAAGAUGGCGUUUAAAAAAUAAAAUAAAAUAAAAAGCGGGGUGGGUGUGGGGAAGGAGAUGGUGUAAAAAAUGUGUUUUCUGUACACUUUGGCUAUUUCUGUUUCCUACUGUAAACUGUAGCACACCUCAUUCAUCCACCUGCCUUUUUUAGGACCACUUUUCUUUAAUGCUGUAUUAUAUAAGCUGUGUGUGUGUGUGUGUGUGUGUGUGUGUGUGUGUGUGUGUGUGUGUGUGUGUGUGUGUGUGUGUGUGUGUGUGUGUGUGUGUGUGUGUGUGUGUGUGUGUGUGUGUGUGUGUGUGUGUGUGUGUGUCUGUGUGGAAUUAUGUGUGUGCGUGUGUGUGACAUUCUUCACGAUUCCCUCCCCGAGCCCGAAGGCCAGCCUUGUUUUUCUGUUUUUUGUGUGGUGACGUUUCUUGCAGUAGUGGUUAUACUGUAUGUGGUUUUAGGCAGUGAAAUGUGUGUGUAUGCAUUUGUAUUAGUUUCUUGAUGACUUGAUAACAUAAAUGGCAUUCUUUAAA